GCAAUGAAAGAACCCUAAAGAGAUGGGGAAUCCACCAAAGAAGGACAUCGCCAAGCAGCAAAAUCAAUCGCCGGAGAAGCCGCUGCCCAAGGAGCUGUCCCUGGAUCGCAAAUGCGAGGCUUGCUGCGAGAUCACGCUCAAGCGCAUUGUCUACUCAGGCUUCGGCGGCCUCCUCGCGUCGCUCGUCUUGUUUAGAUCUCCCAGCUCCAGAUGGUCGGCCAUGGCUUUCUCGCUGGGAUUGGGCGCCGGAUCCGCCUACACGGAUUGUUCUUACAUGAUGAACGGGAUUCCAAAGUGGCCGCUGCCUCCACAACUAAAAAAGUAGAAGGUUUUUUUUUUGGAUCCCUCUUUUGAGCAUCUCCUUGUGAAUUGGAUUGUUUCCCAGAGAAAUUUUCUUC